AUGAAUAAGAUGUUGGACUCAGAUGACACUUGGUCCUUGGACGAGCUUUUUUCCGAGAAAACCUUCGUCCAAAAAGUAAACCCACUGCACCAGGAGGUCAGACCAUGGCGGCUGGAAGCACCACCAUCUCUUUCACAGAUUCCAGCCACCCAGGUUAUGCAGGAAGAUGCUGAAUUGCUCACUACCCUUUAUAGUAUCUCACAAAUGGUGUCAAACAAUCCCAUUGAGAAGGAGGGUAACGAAAGCCAAGAGAACACCCAGAACUACAUAACAUUUGGCAUUAGGGAAGGUGAAUGUUUUAAGGACCCCCUUCUUAGCCCGCAUCAGAGUCGGAUAGAUGGAGAACACAUUCGGCAAGAUACUGAUCAAGAAAACUUCGGCAUAAAGUAUUCAUCUGUGGAUGACAGAAAGCACCUACCUCUUCAGAGAAGCUUGUUCAAGGUUCCGGUGUCAAGGUGCGGAGGUGACUCGUCAAACCCAAAUGACCUCUGUCAAAGUCGCACAGCAUCCAGACCCCAAACUUUUCGCAGUCCGGUUUCCAUGGCAACAGUGCCUCCUCCUUUCCAGCCACCGAGGGCGACAUUUUACAAAGCCGCUCCUCCUUCCCCUUUCCAGCCGGCCUCCUUCCUCCCCCCUCGUCUGGUCUCAUCUGCAGUAAGCGUCAACCCCCCCCAGCGGGCGGUCCAUGUAGAAAGGCAGGACAAGGACACAAUGAGAGCCUUGGUUCCAUCCACGGUGCCUCCGCCGCUCCAUAUUCAAGGGUCGUCAGAAUUAGACUCUUUGCGCCCAGUCUCUGAAAUCCCAGUUAAGUUCAGACCCGUCUUUAGCGAGUUCCCGUUUUUCAAUUUUGUCCAGUCCAAAGCGCUUGAUGACAUUCUUUAUACAGACAAGAACUUUGUGGCAUGUGCUCCGACCGGAUCUGGGAAAACCGUGCUGUUUGAACUCGCCAUCAUUCACCUGUUGAUGAAGACCUCAGAGCCUUGGCAUGAUGUCAAAGUUGUGUAUAUCGCUCCCAUCAAAGCUCUCUGCAGUCAAUGUUUUGAGAAUUGGACAAAGAAGUUUGGUCCUCUGGGGCUGAAAUGCAAGGAGCUUACGGGCGACACCGAAAUUGACGAUAUUUUCGAAAUCCAGGACGCCCACAUCAUCCUGACUACUCCAGAAAAAUGGGACAGCAUGACCAGAAGGUGGAAAAGCAACUGUCUUCUCCAGUUGGUUAGACUCAUCCUGAUAGACGAGGUUCAUGUUGUGAAGAAUGCAGCACGUGGUGCUACUCUGGAAGUGGUGGUUAGCAGGAUGAAGGCUGUCCAUGGCUACAUGGUUGUCCAAAACCAAGACACGGGCAUCACUAUGAGGUUUUUGGCAGUGUCAGCAACUAUACCCAAUAUUUCUGAUAUCGCAGACUGGCUGUCCAAUGAGAAGGGCCCAGCUUCAUAUCUCCAAUUGGAUGACAGCCACCGCCCGGUGAAGCUGAGGAAGGUCGUUUUAGGAUUCCCCUGCAACGAAAACCAAUCAGAGUUUAAGUUCGACUUGUCUCUCAAUUACAAGAUGGGCUCUAUCAUCCAGACUUACUCUGACCAGAAGCCAGCUUUAGUUUUUUGCUCCACAAGGAAAGGAACUCAGCAGUCAGCUGCUGUUCUGGCUAAGGAUGCUAGGUUUCUUUUAAAAGUUGAACACAAGCAAAGGUUGAUAAAAUAUGCACAGUCCCUUCAGGAUUCCAAACUGAGAGAUCUGGUGGUACUAGGAGUUGGUUACCACCACGCCGGAGUCGAAGCAUCGGACAGAAAAGUGAUAGAAAAAGCUUUUACCCUUGGUGACCUUCCUGUCCUUUUUACCACACGAACUCUCGCCAUGGGAGUAAACCUUCCUGCUCACCUAGUGGUGAUCAAGUCCACAAUGCAGUAUUCUGGAGGCUCCUGUGAAGAGUACAGUGAGGCAGACCUGCUGCAGAUGAUUGGCCGUGCUGGACGACCUCAGUUUGACACAUCUGCCACUGCAGUGAUCAUGACCAAAAUGCAAACCAGGGACAAGCAUACGAAACUGAUGAACGGGAUGGAGAUUAUCGAAAGCAGUUUGCACAGUCACUUAGUAGAGCACCUGAAUGCUGAGAUAGUUCUCCAAACGAUCAGCAAUGUCAGCAUGGCUCAGGAUUGGAUACGCUCCACUUUCCUUUACAUCCGAGCGCUGAAGAAUCCCUUACACUAUGGUUUCCCGACUGACUUGGACAGAAGUGGAAUUGAAUCAAAACUUCAUGAACUGUGUCUGAAGAACCUUAACGCGCUGCAUUCUAUUGGUCUGAUCAUUAUGGAUGAGGACAUCAGUGUUAAACCUACAGAGGCUGGCGGGUUGAUGGCAAGAUAUUGUAUUGCUUUUGACACUAUGAAGCAGUUCAGCAAAUUGUCUGGCACCGAGAACCUGUCCGAUUUGAUAGGGCUUGUUUCAAAGAGCCGAGAAUUUUGGGACAUCCAGCUGCGAGUUAUGGAGAAGAGGCCGUUGAAUAACUUGAACCGGAAUGUGAACGCAACUACAAUCAGGUUUCCGAUGGAAGGAAAGAUAAAAAGCAGUGAUAUGAAAGUGAACUGCUUGAUUCAAGCUCAGUUAGGGUCCAUCUCAAUUCAAGAGUUUGGACUUACUCAGGACACAGCAAAAAUCUUCAGGAUUGGGCUGCGCAUUAGCAAGUGCCUCUCUGAAUACCUUAGUCAGAAUUUCAACAUGGGCUUCAGUACUCUGCUCAACGCUCUGAUCCUGGCCAAAUGUUUCAGAGCCAAACUCUGGGAGAACUCUGUGUUUGUCUCAAAACAGCUUGACAAAAUAGGGCAAACUCUGUCUACUGUUAUGGUGAAUGCUGGACUCACCACAUUCAGUAAGAUAGAGCAAACCAACCCGAGAGAGAUUGAGAUGAUUCUCAACAGACAUCCACCUUUCGGAAACCAAAUUCAAGAAUUUAUCCUGUAUCUCCCAAAGUAUGAGCUCUCUUUGGAGCAGCUGCCAAGAUACAGUAGCAGUAUUGCUGAGAUUGUUGUGAAGGUAACCCUCAAAAACCAAAAGCUACUGAUGUCCAAGAGAACCGCUCCAGACCAUCACUAUGUGUCUUUGCUCAUCGGAGACUCGGACAACAAUUGUGUCUUCCGCCAAAAACUCACUGACCUCGCACUGUUGAAGUGCAGUACCUGGUCAAAGAAGAUUGAAGUGAAAAAGGCCUUGAAGGGAAAUGAGAUCAGUGUUCAUCUGAUCAGUUCAGAAUAUGUUGGUCUUGACGUCCAGCAAAACUUGACAGUGUACUACUAUGAAAGUGCGCACAACAGGUCAUAUGAUUCUUCUGGAGACACUUCACAGCAGUCAACAACAAAUUUUCAGUCUGUAGGCAAAUCUGCACGUCGAAGGGGAAACGCUGCAUCUACAGAACAAGAUGCAGCUAACAAAAGACAAUGCAACCACCUCUGCAAGAAUAAGAACCAGUGCGGCCAUGACUGUUGUAAAAUCGGUGUAGCUGUGGUACGAAAGAGGCCAGCAGGCAAAAGUGGGUUUUUUUCUUCCUUUUUGGAUGAUCUGAAGAGUAGGUGUGACACACUUGGGCCCUCUCCAGUCAAACGACUCAAGAUGAAAAUGAUGGAGUCCUCUGUGGGUGUGAACAUGGAACAUAGCUACAAAGCCAAGCCACAACAUACUCUGACCAGUCCCUGGCAAGGGUCACAUCAGACCACACGCAACAACAGUGAGACAUUGUCUAAAAUUCCAAAUGUCAGCUUUGACCUGGGAAAUGAUUGGGACGACUGGGACGACUUUGAUGUUGAGGAACCGGUUCAAAUCGGUGACACAUCCCUGACUCAAGCUCAACAAUCUGCUGAAUGGAAAUUACCAGGUUAUCUGACUACACCCCAGUGUCGUCCUACCGGCAUCGCACUGAGGACAAGUUCUCAGGCUACACCGAACAAUCCUGGACAUUCUCCCUUGACACCUAGACUGCAGAACCAAGCAAAGAUGCAGAGUCCAAGCAUGUUCGAUACAGUUGUCCCACCAAAUGCACCAGAAAAAACCUCAAACUUAGUGGCACAGCUCACUCCAAGGUUUAAUUUUUUCACAACAACGAGUGGACCCUUUGACGCCAUUGCAACUGACAACAGCAGCAAAAACGAAGACGUUUUUGACGGCAUUUUUGAUGGCAUAUUCUAA